AUGGAGGAUGUGCAAGAUGCAGACGAGGAUGGUGGAGAAGCUGGAAAGAUAGUGAAGGAGACUGUCCAGGAGGCAUUUAACAACUAUCAAGUUGAUUGCGUCAACUUCUCCGUGCUCAGUUCUGACCAAAUCUCUCGAUACAGCGAGGUUGAGGUCUUGAACUAUGCCCAGUACGAUUUGGCAAAUGAGAGACCCUUCGUGUAUGGCCCUUUGGACCUGCGAAUGGGCAGCAGUUCUAAGAACGUGCUUUGCAGCACCUGCGGCAAGCGCUUAAACGAGUGCGUUGGGCAUUUCGGCCACGUGAGCCUUGCGCUGCCGGUCUUCCACGCUGGGUAUCUGCGGCAUACACAUCAGGUGCUGGCUUCCGUUUGCAAGUCCUGCGCCAGGUUGCUGCUGGCAGAGGAUGUGCUGGAAAAGUACAAGAAGCGCUUAAGGCGGCCCCAGACUGACGACUUGCAGCGGCAAAUGCUGCAGAAGCGAAUCUUGCACGCUUGUAAAUCUACUCGGGCUUGCCCCCACUGCGGCUAUCAGAACAGCUCUUUCCGAAAGGGACCUGGUGUCCCUCUCAUCUUGAGACAUGCUGUGGGGCCCACAAACAAGCAAACCUCGGAGGAGGUGUCGAUCCCUUUCAUCGAUUCCUUCAAUGAGGCGAAGUCCUUCAACAAAGAUCUGGAGUCUUACACUGACAAGGCGUCGGAAGACUUUAACCCUCUUGUGGCGUACGAGCUGAUGAAGCGCAUCACUCCGAGCGACCGAGAGAUCCUCGGGUUCCAACACCCGGAGCAGCUGCUGCUGAUGUCGGUGCCCGUGCCGCCCGUGUGCAUCCGCCCCACGGUGAGCAUGGGUGAUAAGGGUACCAGGGAGGACGACCUGACGAUGGUCGUCGGAGAGAUUGUCGAGGCCAACUCUGCUUUGCAGACCCAGCUGCAACGUGGGCUUCCCCGGCAAGUGCUUGAGGCCUGGGAGUUCCUUCAGGAGGCUUGUGCCAGGUACGUCAACUCCGAGAUCUCCGGGCUCACCCAGAUUAAGGGCAAGUCUAUCCGCUCCAUCUGCACGAGGCUGAAGGGCAAGGAAGGACGAUUUCGAGGCAACCUGAGUGGCAAGCGCGUGGAUUUCUCUGGCCGGACUGUGAUUUCUCCGGAUCCGAACAUCAGCGUCGAGCAGGUGGUGAUUCCCGAGUGGGUGGCGAAAAGGAUGACCUUUCCUGAAAAGGUCUGCGAAGCAAGUAUGAGUCGACUGAAGUUAGCCAUCAUGAGAGGUCCCGAAGAGCAUCCUGGCGCAUGCUUCGUGAGAACAAAGGACGGUCGGACUAAGUUCCUGGGGGCUUUGGGGAAGCAGUUCCGUAAGCAGAUCGCCGAGAGCUUGAAGUGCGGCGAUUUGGUCGAGCGCCACAUGCGAAACGGGGAUGUCGUCCUUUUCAACCGGCAGCCUUCCCUGCACCGAUUGUCCAUCAUGGCACACCGGGCCAAAGUAAUGCCCGGACGAACCUUUCGAUUUAACGAAUGUGUUUGUGCGCCCUACAACGCGGACUUCGACGGGGACGAGAUGAACAUCCACCUGCCACAGACGGAGGAGGCAAGGGCCGAGGCUAUGCAACUCAUGGGGGUGCGCGACGGACUGGUCACGCCGAAAAGCGGGGAGGUUGCCAUCUGCGCCACCCAGGACUUCCUCACAGGAGCCUUCCUCCUCACCCAGAAAGACGUCUACUUGUCAAGGGACAAGUUCUGUCAGCUUUGCUGCUUCCUCUCUGAUGGCUUGGAGCCUAUUGACCUGCCUCCGCCUGCCAUCAUCAAGCCUUGCGAGCUCUGGACCGGGAAGCAGGCCAUUUCGGUGAUGCUCCGGCCCAACCGAAGGUCCAAGGUCUUUGUGAACCUUGAGGUUCCAGAGAAGAACUACAGCAAGAAGAACCAGACGUUCUGCUGCAACGACGGUUACGUGCUUUUCCGCAACUCAGAGCUCCUCAGCGGCAACCUCGGAAAGAAGGUCUUGGGUGGUGCCAAAAACGGCCUGUUCUUCCGGCUCAUUCGUGACUCUGGGGCUCGUGCUGCCAUGGACUGCAUGAGCCGCAUUGCCAAGCUGACUAGCCGUUGGCUCAUGAAUCGCGGCUUCACUAUUGGAAUUGACGACGUCAAUGCUGAGUAUGGCCGUGGCGGUGGCAAGGUCACGCAUGAAAAGCAGCGGAUCACAAGGGAAAAGUACGAGACGGUUGCCACGUACAUCGGCCAAUACAACAAAGGGACCCUGGAGAACAAGCCUGGCUGCAAUGCCGAGCAGACUCUUGAGGCUUUGGUGAAUGGGGAGCUUGGCCGUAUCCGUGACCUCGUUGGUGGCAUGUGCGAAGAGAAGCUUGCUUUCUUCAACAAGCCUCGCAUCAUGGCCACCUGUGGUUCCAAGGGAAGUCCCAUCAACCUUUGCCAGAUGAUGGCCUGCGUUGGCCAGCAGAACGUGGGUGGCCAGCGUAUCAAGGACGGCUUCGUGAACCGCACGCUCCCACACUUCCCAAAAGGCUCUAAGGAGCCCAAAUCCCGGGGCUUUGUGGCGAACUCCUUCUACACCGGCUUGGAACCUCCGGAGUUCUUCUUCCACACCAUGGGAGGGCGCGAGGGCCUGGUGGACACCGCGGUGAAGACGGCCGAGACCGGCUACAUGCAGCGGCGGCUGAUGAAGGCCUUGGAAGACCUGGCUCUCAAGUACGACCUAACCGUCCGAACCUCGAACAGCGACGUGGUCCAGUUUGCUUUCGGCGAUGAUGGCUUGAACCCAGCCCGAAUGGAGGGCUCGGCCUCAAAGCCCUUGGACUUCGAGUAUGUUCUCAACUAUGUCAUCAAUGUCCUUCGCCCUCCACAUCGAGAUCGAUACACUGAAAUCACGACGAAGGCCGCGCAACCCCCCGGACCGCUGCCGGCCAUGGCCCGCACGGGGCGGGUGGCAGAGCCCAUCCAGAGGACUCCGACGGAGAUGGAAAAGGACGAGUACAAGCUUUGGCCGCUUCUCCCGCUGGAGCUGCGCGAGCUUGCGGACCCCUGUUCCACGCGCUUUGUGGACUUCGUGAAGCGAACGCAAGGAGGCUCAGAUCUCGAGUUCGAGCUCGUGAAGGGGGAUGUGCGGCGCUUCAUCAAGGAGCUGGCGCAGCAGGUGGCACUGAAGCGCGGACAACUCGGGCUGGAGGUUGGCGAUAGUGAGGAGUCUGCCAAAGCUGCACGGAAGAGCUGGAGGCUGAAGGACGGGCUGUCGCUGAUGGAUUUGGGGUCAUGCCCCACCUUGCAGCAGUUGGACGCCUUUGUCAAUACGUGUGCCAUCAAGUACGUGCAGGCUUUUCUAAUGCCAGGCGAGGCGGUUGGGGCUGUGGCAGCUCAGUCUAUCGGCGAGCCAGCCACCCAGAUGACCCUGAAGACCUUCCACUUCGCUGGCGUGGCCAGCAUGAAUGUGACGCUCGGGGUGCCCCGAAUCAAGGAGAUCAUCAACGCAGCCAAGACCAUCUCCACACCCAUCAUCACCUGUACUUUGAGGGACGAGUUCAACGAGGUCAGUGCUCGAAUCGUAAAGGGACGAAUUGAGCGCACCAACCUUGGUGACAUUUGCCUGUACUUCAAGGAGGCCUACGACCCUGCGAGCGGGUGCUUCAUCAGUGUAAAGGUGGACUUCAAUACCGUCGAUCGGCUUCAACUUGAGCUCAGCCUCCAGGACAUCAAGGUUGCCUUGCUAGACCCCAAGAACCUCAGUGGCAUCCGACUUGCGCCAUCUGACAUCGAGAUCAAGAAGGAGGGUUUGCCUGCUUCACAGCAUGUUGGCAACAUGAUACGACAGAUUUGCUGUGCCCCACCCAUUGCACCACAGAUUGGUGUUGUCACCUGCUGUGAUAAGCUCUGGCCAGUUUGGCACAAGCCGCUUCCUUGGAUCCCAACUUCCAAGCUCCAAGCCAUAACCUCGGAUGCUGAAGGCACCUCGCAAAGACCGGAGAAGGGAGCAUCCUUUGGUGCUCAAUGCUUGGACGGCAUGUUUCCUGGUGCCUUUGCUAGUCCCUGGCCCCUGGCAGCGAGUUUGAUUGGGUGCGGUGGUUCCGUGUGA